GUUUUCGAAUUGCGUUCGAAAUAAGUUCAAAACUGUCAAAUCCCAACCAGAAAACAGUAUGUAUGUCGUGUUUAGUCGUCCACACAAUUGACAAGAGAUCACAAAUACAUUUUUAUUGCCCCGAUGGAAACCUGAAAAUUGUUUUCGUACAAUUUCAAACUAAAAGACCGCAAUCUUGACUUCAAAAUUCAAUCCAUUUAAUGUGAAGCUGUAAAUAUGUGAUGCAAAACGGUGUACAUCAUUCAAACACACCGCACAUUGAAUUCAAAAAUAAGUGAAUGUUUUGUUGUUUCGUUUUUCUCUAAACUAAGCUAUCACAACACACAUUGUGUGUCUAUACGGGGUUGUGAAAAGAAAUUUCAACCAAUUCAAUUAGAUCAGACGCGUAUCAAUUGUAUUUUCAUUGCCAAAACAGUAUACAACACCCCUUGGAAAGAUGGCAAGCGGUUUGAAAUGUAAGAAUUGUGGAUCAUCGAAUAUUGAAGUGGAUUGUGGGCGAGGUGAUGCCGUGUGUACGAAUUGCGGUUCAGUGAUAGAGGAUAACAUUAUUGUCAGUGAAGUACAGUUUGAAGAGGCGGCACAUGGUACCAGUUCAGCGGUUGGACAAUUUGUGGCGGCUGAUUCAAAGGGUGGCGCAACGGGUUAUGGAAAAUUUCAUGUUGGUGUUGGCACCGAAUCGCGUGAGGUUACAUUGCGUAAAGCUCGACAGGGUAUCACACAUUUAAGUCAUCAGCUGCAUUUGAACAAUCAUUGCAUCGAUACGGCGUGCAACUUCUUUAAAAUGGCUUUGAUGCGACAUUUGACCAGAGGACGAAAGAAUACUCACAUUUAUGCAGCCUGUGUUUAUAUCACAUGUCGAACGGAGGGCACAUCACAUUUACUAAUUGAUAUCAGUGACGUCUUGCAAAUAUGCUGCUACGAAUUGGGCCGUACUUAUUUGAAAUUAUCUCAAGCAUUGUGCAUUAACCUACCUUCAAUUGAUCCCUGUUUGUACAUUAUGCGAUUCGCUACGAAGUUGGAGUUUGGUGAGAAAACACAUGAAGUCUCAAUGACGGCCCAGCGUUUGGUGCAACGCAUGAUGAAAGAUUCAAUACAUUCGGGCCGACGACCAUCUGGAUUGUGUGGAGCGGCUCUGUUGAUAGCAGCCCGUAUGCAUGAUUACAACCGCACUCCGAUGGAUAUCGUGCGAAUUGUAAAAAUUCACGAAUCAACGCUUCGUAAGCGACUGAUCGAAUUUGGUGACACACCAAGUAGUAUGUUGACACUUGAUGAAUUCAUGGCCGUCGAUUUGGAAGCCGAACAAGAUCCACCAGCAUUUAAAGCGGCACGUAAACGAGACAAAGAACGAUUACAAAAGCUACCCGAACACGAAGCCGAAUUCACCGAUCUACAGCGCGAAAUUGACAACUAUUUGGAUCAAGAGCUGAGGCGUGGGUCACGAAAACGAAGGUCCGAUUUGUCGGAAAGUGAGGAAACCGAUAAAUUCAUACGAAACUCAACUUUAGAUGUGAUAAACGAAUGCUUGGAAGAUAAUGUUGAUAAUCCAAGUGCGGAGAACAAACGUUAUAAUCGAGGUAUUGCACCGGAUAUUGCUGCGAUGUGUGCACCCGUUGUCGAUUACAAAAAGAAUGACGCCGAAAAUGAACAAAUCAAUCAAACGGACACCGGUGAACUGGAUAUCGAUGGUUUGGAUGAUGAAGAAAUUGACGGUUAUAUAAUGACUGAGGAUGAAUCAAAGUACAAGGAUGAAAUGUGGAAUAAAUUGAAUGCAGACUAUCUCAGGGAGGCAAAAGCGAAAGAAGAGCGUCUGGCGAAAGAGAAGGAAGAAGGCAAACCGGAGAAGAAAAAACGACGAGUCAGUCGAAAGAAAAAUAUUGGACCCUCAAACACUGCCAGCGAAGCAAUCGAGAAAAUGCUACAGGAAAAGAAAAUUUCCACCAAAAUUAAUUAUGAGAUUCUAAAAACACUGACCGCACCACCAUCGACAAUAACAGAGACCGAAUCAGGUAGUACAAUGGAACCGAAGAUUGAGAGUCUCAACACACCAUCCACCAGCAGCUCGUAUCCAAGCACUUUCAAACAACCCAGAAAGAAGCAUGAGCCACUACUCAGCAAACAUUCAAAAUUAAAACCAGCCGGUUUACCAAUCGAGGAGCCAAAAACACCAGUGAAAAAACUAGAGAUGAGUGAAGAUGAAAAUGCUGAUGAGGACGAUAUCGAAGAAGAUGUUGGUCCAGAUGCAGAGGCAGAAGCAGAACCCAUUUCACUGGCAUCCAUGCUUAAUGCCGGCGAUGAUUACUAUGGCUAUGACGAUGCCUACUAAUCACUUGAUCUAUUUUUUUCCUCAAUCGAUAUUAAAAUUUUAAACGUAAACAAAAUUGUAACUUAUACUGAAGAUAAGCCACACAUUUUACGUAUAUAACAUUUAUUAUACAUAUAGAGUAAGCAUAUAUAAAUUUUCCUGUUAAUAAGAAACUUUUGUUGAAUUGAAGUGUUAUCAACUGAAUUCGGUUAAUAAAAUUUAAAAUUAACAUUGAAAAAAAA